AAAUUACAUAAUGAAUCAAGAUUAAUUAGAUAAUGAGGGAGACCCUUAGCAAUAAUUCUUGGAAGUAUAUUAUAAUAAUGAAUAAAACUAGGCAUUUAAAGAACUUCUGGAAGUUUAAAAUUAAAGAAUGUAUAAUGGAAAUGAUAUGUUAAAUUAGUAUUGUCCUUAAUUAUAAUAUCCAUUGAUAUUGCCUACAUAAAUUCCAAAUACAUUUAUAGUAUAAGCAAUCAUUAUGAUUAGAUUAACAUGGGUCCAUACUUUCCACAUAUAUAAUAGCCAUAAAUUCAUCCUUAAUAGGGUUAAUAAGCAAGAUUAGCAACAUAAACUUAAUAGAAUUAAACAUAUAAUCAUUAGAGUAUAAAGGAGGAAGAGCAUGAUGAUAAUAAAUAAUCUAAAAAUUGGAUAUAACAUAGGAAAUGAUGAACUUAUU